AUGUCCGAUAGUGUGGAUAUUGAAGAGAAACCUCCAGCCCCCCCUCUUAGAAUGAACAGUAAUAACCGUGAUUCUUCAGCAUUAAAUCACUGCUCAAAACCACUACCCAUGGCACCCGAAGAGAAGAACAAGAAAGCCAGGCUGCGCUCCAUCUUCCCAGGAGGAGGGGAUAAAACCAACAAGAAGAAAGAAAAGGAACGUCCGGAAAUCUCCCUUCCUUCAGAUUUUGAGCACACUAUUCAUGUCGGCUUUGAUGCUGUGACGGGGGGGGAAUUUACUGGAAUACCAGAGCAAUGGGCAAGACUACUGCAAACCUCAAACAUUACCAAACUGGAGCAGAAGAAGAACCCUCAGGCUGUGCUAGAUGUCCUCAAAUUUUAUGAUUCCAAAGAGACUGUCAACAACCAGAAGUAUAUGAGCUUUACGUCUGGAGAUAAAAGUGCACAUGGAUAUAUCGCUGCUCACUCUUUGAACACAAAGACUGCAUCAGAGCCACCUUUAGCUCCUCCAGUAUCAGAAGAAGAGGAUGAAGAAGAAGAAGAGGAGGAAGAGGAUAGUGAAAUCCCUCCAGUAAUUGCUCCACGUCCUGAGCAUACAAAAUCAAUAUAUACUCGUUCUGUCAUUGAGCCUGUGGCUGUUCCUGCUCCAGCCAAAGAGGCCUCCACUUCCCCAGUGACAACCCAGCCAGAGAACUCAAGCACGAGCACUUUGUACAGGAAUACUGACCGGCAGCGCAAAAAAUCAAAGAUGACAGAUGAAGAAAUCCUCGAGAAACUCAGAAGCAUUGUAAGCGUAGGUGAUCCUAAAAAGAAAUACACACGAUUUGAAAAGAUCGGCCAAGGAGCUUCUGGUACAGUGUACACAGCUAUAGACAUUGCUACAGGCCAAGAGGUAGCAAUAAAGCAAAUGAACCUGCAGCAGCAACCCAAAAAAGAAUUAAUAAUUAAUGAGAUCCUGGUCAUGAGGGAAAAUAAAAAUCCUAACAUUGUGAAUUAUUUAGACAGUUAUCUGGUGGGGGAUGAACUCUGGGUAGUGAUGGAGUACCUAGCUGGAGGAUCUUUAACUGAUGUUGUAACAGAAACGUGUAUGGAUGAAGGACAAAUUGCCGCUGUCUGUCGAGAGUGCCUACAAGCCCUGGACUUCUUGCAUUCAAACCAAGUGAUACACAGAGAUAUUAAAAGUGACAACAUCCUGCUUGGGAUGGAUGGAUCAGUAAAACUUACGGACUUUGGUUUUUGUGCUCAGAUCACACCUGAGCAGAGUAAACGGAGUACAAUGGUGGGAACACCUUACUGGAUGGCACCAGAAGUGGUAACAAGAAAGGCCUAUGGCCCCAAAGUUGAUAUUUGGUCUUUAGGCAUCAUGGCCAUUGAAAUGGUUGAAGGAGAACCACCUUACCUUAACGAGAACCCUCUCAGAGCACUGUAUCUGAUAGCUACGAAUGGAACCCCAGAGUUACAGAACCCAGAAAGGCUGUCAUCUGUGUUCAGAGACUUCCUAAAUCGAUGCCUAGAGAUGGAUGUGGACAGGAGAGGCUCUGCCAAGGAGCUUCUACAGCAUCCAUUUUUAAAACUAGCCAAGCCUCUUUCUAGCCUGACUCCACUGAUAAUAGCAGCAAAGGAAGCCAUUAAGAACAGCAGCCGCUAG